AAGUCGUUGUAUUUCGAUACCAUUCAGCCCAAGCUAGUCAUCCAUUUCUACGUAGUUCAAGCAAACACAUCUGCUUGCUUUGGUCCUUGGGAUGGACGAGGAAAUCGAGAGCAUCUUCGAGGAUGGACUCUUGAGCCUGUUCGAUCACCAUCCCGUCGCAUUCUCCACUCCUUCGCCUUCUCAUCCUUACAUCUAUCGCCCCUCCUCCGUACCAACGCCACCAAUCGGAUCAUCCGGGACUCACGAUGGUCUAGCAUUGGACUUGGAGAUCCCCGUCUACCUUCCCGUAGCCCCCUCGGCGCUGCACUCGACCUUGCAGUUGACCCACAUCUGGCUCAGCUCCAUCUUCAUGGCCGACCUCAUCUUCUCCUCGCAUAUCGACGUGAGAUCUCUUCGGAUCUGUGAGCUGGGCGCUGGAGCUGGGCUUCCGAGUGUGUCUGCUCUGCUGAACGUCGGUGCAGAGGCUGGCUCGGUCGUCUCGACGGAUUAUGCCGUACCGGAGCAGGACCUCCAAGCCGAAGACGGGAGAGCUCAACCGGAAGACGUCCUGGGUGUCCUUCGAGGAAAUUUGAAGAAAGCUUCGGAGAUGCCGAAUCUGAAGAAUGACUACGGCAAGGGCAACGGCGUGAACGGUAGAUGGGCGGUCGUAGGUCACACAUGGGGAGAACCCGUAACGCAGAUCCUCAAUUCUGCACUCUCAACCGCAACCUCUGGGUCGGCGUCAUCGUCAAUUCCAUCGUCCAAAUCCGCAUCAAUCGCAUCUGAACAAUUCGACCUCCUCCUCCUAGCCGAUCUCCUCUGGUCGUCCUCCUCACACAUAGACCUCCUCACUUCCGUCCACUCGCUCCUCAAACCCGAAACCGGGAUCGCUCACGUGAUCGCCGGCCUGCAUCAAGGUCGUGGGGCCACCGAGCGUUUCAAGGCUUGCUGGAAAGCACAGGGAGGUUGGGUGGAAGAAGUCCUCGAAGUCAGGUGGGGAAGAGAAGGCUGGGAAACGUUCGAGAGGAGGAAAGACGGGCAGGUGAUCGGGGAUGAAGAGAGGGGUGUGAUCGUCUGGUUCAUGAUCGGACGAUGAAGGGUUGAGCAGUCGAUCGUUGCUUCCUGCUCCAGUCUCGACGUUCGCGGCAUGCCUGCAAUAGACCGAGGCGGUCUCAACGAUCAGAUUGAUCGACUCCCGCAAAACCUCUCCAUGUAGGACACGUUGCUCUCGAGGGGUAUUUUCUGUACUCUGAGACCCGGCCGUCGCCCUGAUAGGCAGCGCCAAUCUUCUCCUGCGGGGCCUCGCAAUCUGCAUUGGCUUGGUACUCAAAAUACCUCUCGAACACCUGGCUGGACUAUCAUCUUGAUAGAAGAUCGAUCUACUGGGAGAUUUUCGAUGUCCUACUUCCACUUGGAAGGGUACAUGCAGCAUAG